AUGGCAAAGGCAGAAUUGCUCAUCAAAAGCAAAUUAUCGCCUGCGGUCAUCAACGAUGAGCUUGGCCGCUUCAGACUAUGGUGCGGCAACCUGGGAGCUCAUCGCAGAGGCAAAGGCUCCCUCGACUACAAGCUCCGUGAGGCAUCUCAUAUACGUGACCGCGUGAUCGAACUUCUGCAGAAUUUGAAGUCGGUCUUACAGGAGGCGAUCGACAUCAUCAAAGGCGAAAGGGUUCCUUGGGAAGACUUAUCAGACUCGGAGUCUGAUGUAUCUGAUAGCGAGAUUCUGCAAAACAAAGAAUCAACGACCACAGAACUUGAGCAACUGGCCUCUAAUAUGGCUGAGAUCAAUACAUGUCUCAUGCGAUUAUCUAUGGCAAUCCGAAACCCAGCGCCUCACGACCAGUUCAAAGAGUCCACUCACAUCAAUGUGACCCAUUUCGAGGCUUUCGACAUAGACCAUGUGAGAGGGAAGUUUCCCAUGGCCAAGGAGUAUCUCGUGGUCCGUCUGGGCAAAGCAAUUUCGCGUAGACGACAAUACCUACGGUACCGCGAGGAACAUCGGAAGAAGCUUGAGCACGGUUUGGGGUCACAACCGCAGGCACAAGUACAAGAGCUCACAAUACCGCACUCCACAUCUCACACUGUGACAUCUCCCUCUGAGAAGAUCGAAAGUACCAUAGCAUCUUCCUUGCCGUUGGCGAUCAAGGCCAGUGCUUCUGCGAUGGAGCUUGAUGAGAAUGAUCAGUACGAAGAUGUACUAUCACAGACAUCUUACGCAUCAUCCACAAAUGAUACCGCCAGGUUGCGCCCACCACCGCUACCAGAACAGGGUCAGGAUGGUGACCCCUUUGAAUGUCCGCUUUGCUUCCGCUUCACUUCUGUCCGACAGUUGGCCGCUUGGCACAAACAUGUUUACCGAGAUUUACAACCCUACCUAUGCACAAGCGAAGGAUGCGAAAUCCCUGAUCGCACCUAUGAGUCGAGACAUGACUGGUUCCAUCACGAGUUGCAAGUGCAUCGCAAGUGGUGGGAAUGUGUCGAUGGGUGCAACCAGAGUUUUCGGUCAUCAGGCAGCCUUCGAGAACAUCUUUGGCAAGAGCACGCCGAUAUUGCCAAUGAGGAAAGAGUUGACGACCUCAUGCGGAACUGCGAAAGACACGAUGGUAUGGCCACGGAGGCGGAAUGCCCCUUGUGUCAGCACCAGCUGGCCUCGCUUACACAGUUGCGGCGUCACCUAGGCAAACAUCACGAGGAGCUAUCUUUAUUUGCUUUGCCCGCAUACAUGAAAAAUGACCUUGACGAUAGCGAC